AUGCGGGUCAUGUUCACUCUUGGGCGACUCGGGUCGGUUAGACCAUUGACCCAUGCCCAUCACGCGCCCAUUAUUCGACCCUCUGCUCUUAAUCGAGGCCACUAUAUCCGCUGCCGUCCAUUGCCGGCCUUGGGCACGUCGACCUUCACUCCGUACGGCUGCAGAAACGUUUCCCACGAGCAGAAGGCCAAAGAUCUCAAUCAGCAGGGAGUCGAUGAUGCCCUGUCAGAGUUCGACAAUGCUCUGGCCAACGAUGGAGAGAAGCAACAACAACGUGCACCAUGGCAUCGUGAAGGGGCGGAAGAGCCUCCUGUGCGAAGGCAACGCUCUGCAGGGGCCAUGACCAAAGGGAAGCUACUCACCACACCUUCACGACUGCUGAAGCUUGUCCUGCCGUUGACUACAUCCGAUCAAAAUGACGACCGAAAAAAUGUUGCGCCCCUUGCUCUCCUUGUCCACCCGCAACAACCGCUGUCUUAUCUCGAAAGGUUGAUCCAGGCGGAAUUGCCCAGAGUGAAAACCGAACAGGGGGACGAUCGUUUACCGUCGGUAUCCUUCCGUGCUAUGGAGGCUGAAGGUGAUGAGAUCAUGCCCAAAAACAAGACGUCGGACGAGCAAGAACAGGAUCAAGGCAAGGGUUCCCUCGGGGAUGGUGGUGUUCAGAGCUACAGCGGGGCUGGCAGAGAAGGGAAGGGUGAGGACUCGGGCGAGUUUGUCAGAUGGAGUGCCUCGACAGAGAUCGGGGAUUUCAUCAGGGACGCAGCCAGAGCGAAAGAAUUUGAAGUCGAGAUCGAAGGUAACCCGAGAACAAUUAAAGUGGCAGUGCCGUCUUUCAAUGACAGGACCUUCUAUCUGCGACAACGACUUCGCAGAAUCUCAAGGAGGAUUGCGGACCUGGCUGCUAUCAAGCACGAAUGUGACGUGGCCGCCCACAAAAGCGGACAGAGGAUCGCCCUCGGCGGUUGUGGGAUUUUGAUAGGAUAUUGGUACUUGGUCUACCGUUUGACGUUCGAAACCGACCUCGGAUGGGAUGUGAUGGAGCCUGUGACCUAUCUCGUCGGCAUGGGGAGUAUCAUCGGCGGUUACAUGUGGUUUCUGUACCAUAAUCGCGAGGUGUCCUAUCGUUCGGCAAUGAACCUCACGAUCAGUCGACGUCAGAGCCGUUUGUAUGAGCUCAAGGGGUUCGACCCGCAAAAGUGGGAGGCGCUGAUCGAAGAGGGCAACGCUCUCAGGAGGGAGAUCAAAGCGGUGGCUUCUGAAUAUGACGUGGAGUGGGACGAAACCAAGGACGAGCACGACGAAGCUGUCGUCAAGGCAUUGAGAGAAGAGCGCAAAAACGGGGUCAAGAGCAAGUCGAAGAAGAACGACGAUGAUGAAGACGACGACGAUUAA